AUGGAGAGUCAUCGAGACAUCGUGGCAAUCGCCAACGUCGUAAGUUUAUUCAGCGUGAUCAUAUUCAAGGGCAUGAACGUCUUUUCCUCUCUAAAUGCCAAUGAUAUUGCUCGAUUGCUUGUUAUUGGUGAACAAUGGGGAUUCCCAGGAAUGCUAGGAAAACUUGCCCAAGGGCGUGCUCCACUAGUCAAUUCCACAAUCAAUGACAACGACUAUACUAUGGGAUACUACCUUGCCGAUGGUAUUUAUCUCAAGUGGUCAACAUUUGUGAAGACGAUUCCAUCACCCCAAGAGAAUAAGAAGAAAAAAUUUGCCACAACACAAGAAUCUGCAAGAAAAGAUGUUGAGCGUGCCUUUGGGGUACUUCAACAACGAUUUGCAAUCGUUCAUAGACCUUCCCGAUUAUUCAAAGUCAAUGACCUAACAAAUAUAAUGAAAGCAUGUGUUAUUCUACAUAACAUGAUCAUUAAGGACGAGCGUAAUGAUACUCAGGAUCUGAACAUGGAAUAUGAUCAACUUGAUGAUAAUAUUCCAUAA